AUGGCUCAACCUUCACCAGGAAGGAAAUGUAUCACACUGGGCGGUUUCGAUUACUUGGUCCAAUUUCCCACGCAAAUCCCCGGCCAUUACGAGCUCGAACACUUACUGGAGCCUACAGGCGCGAAUAGGGUAUCUGCGACGCAGGAGACGCCGACUACCAAGGGGACAGAUGCGGGGACACAGGGAGCGAACGAGACGAACAGCAACUAUCUAGCCCGCCGCAAAUUGAGACAGCUGAACACCGGCAUGGCUGAACCGCGGGUUCGACUUACCCGCCAUCAAGGUCAACUGAACUUUGGAAAUGAGCUACGCCACCUCCUCCAUGCCUAUGGAGAUCCAGCCCCCCACUCUUCCUACCCCCAGGAACCCCUCCCAGAAACCCUGCGCGUCCUCGACGAGAUCGUAACAGACUUCAUAAUCGAAACAUGCCACUCCGCGGCACAAUGCGCUACCUACUCCCGCCGUCAGAAAAUCAAAGUGGACGACUUCCGCUUUGCACUACGCCGUGACCCUGUCAAACUAGGCCGUGUGCAGGAACUAUUUCGCAUCGAGCGCGAACUUAAAGAAGCCAGGAGGGCUUUUGAUCAAAACGAUGACCAGGUUGGGGCUAGUGGGAAAAAGGGGCUGGAAGAGUUCACCGAGUCACUCGUUGAUGGGGCAGAUGGGUCUGUGGCUGGAAGGACCGGAACGGGAAUGGCAGUGGGAAAGAAAGGGAAAGAGAAGGCUUCAUCUGUUGUUGUUACGGGGAAGAGAGGGGUGGAUUCGAUUUCUGAGGGGGGCAUGAUGAAGAAGCGGAAGAGCUUAGGGGGUUCCGUUUCUUAA